AUGCGCGCCGACCCGGCGAGUCGAGGAUGGUGGCGCCGCCCGAAGGAGGUUGCCGGGAGCGGCGCGGCGUUGAGCAGCGCGGCGGCCGGGUGCGGGCGCGCGUCGCGGCAGCGUUUGGGAAGAGGAGAGAGGGCACAACAGGGUGCAGGAGGUCGGCCAGCUCACCCUGGUUCUAGUGGAGGCGACGGCGAGCCGGGAGGUGGCCGGAAACUGCGGCGGUGGGGGUUGCCGGCGUCGGGGAAGAAGGGCGCGGUGCAGGCGUCUGAGAGUGUCCCGGCUCGAUUCGUUGAAGGGGGAGGCCGAGGGGAGGGAGACGGAGCUGGUGGUGUCGACGGCGUGGCGCGGGGAGGCCGCUAG